CCCGCCUCCAGGGCCUGCUCCGCGCCAGGCACCCUGUAGUCCCCGCCCCCAGAGCCCAGGCCGGCCGCGCUCUGCGCUGGGUCCGCCCCGCGCACGUGUCGCCGUGUGCUAGGUGGCGGCUGCGGAAAAGGUUUACAACGGUGGCAGUGCUCAUGGCAGGUCCCCUGUGGCGGGCCGCAGCGUUUGUGCAGAGACACAGGACAGGCCUGGUGGUGGGUUCCUGUGCAGGCCUAUUUGGGGCCCAGAUCUCAUACCACGUCAUCCCAGAUCCUGUGAUCCAAUGGCUAUACCAGUACUGGCCUCAGGGCCAGCCAGCCCCACUCUCCCCAGAGCUGCAGAGGCUCUUCCAAGAGGUGCUACAGGACAUUGGUGUCCCCGCAGGCCAUAGCUAUGAGGCUUUCACCACCUUCACCUUCCAGCCUGUGAGUGCUGGCUUCCCGAGACUCCCCGCCGGGGCGGGUGGCAUCCCAGCCAGCUUCCUGGGUGGCUCAUUGACCAACACUUAUCAUCCAGUGGUUGUACAUGGGCAAAGAGUGAACUGGCAGAGCCCAGCAGGUGCCCGGCUGAGAGAUGCCCUGACCCUGUCCCGCGACGCCCAGAAGUUUGCCUUGGCCAAGGAAGUGGUGUACCUGGAGAGCAGUGCAGCCGCCCUACAGGCUCUGCCGGCCCCAGCUUGCCUGGCAGGAACGUGGGCACUGGGCGUGGGUGCCAAGCAUGCACUGGGGCUCUAUGGGGGCCCCAUGAACAUACGGGCUGCCUUCAACCUGGUGGCAGCGGUGGUGGGCUUUGUGGCCUAUGCCUUCUCCACAGACUCUCUCACUCAUGCCCUGGAAGCCUGGCUGGACCGCCGCACGGCCUCCCUGUCUGCAGCCUAUGCCCGGGGUGGAGUGGAGUUCUAUGAGAAGGUUUUAUCUGGCAACGUAGCCCUGCGCAGCCUGUUGGGCAUACACGGAGCGAAGCUGUAUACGCCUAGUGGGAACAUCGUUCCCAGACACUGGUUCCGCAUCAAACAUUUACCCUUCACGACCCGCCGGGAUUCUGUGCUGCAGAUGUGGAGGGCCACGCUCAACUCAGGCCGCUCCUGAGGGACUCAUCACAAGGACAGAUGCGGCUCCUGCAGGCACCACCCUGCCGUUGACUCUGGGGGCUCUCUUGGUGCCUCUGGACCCACAGCCCAUUGUCAGAUAAAUCAGACUUUGGAAUUAAACAGCCUAGGUUCUAUCCCGGUCCACCACUCAUGAUCCCGGGAAGCUUGGGCAAGUCCCUUUUGAAUCUAAGCCUCGGUUUCCUCAGCUGUCAGAUGGGGACGAUGUAAAUUACCUGGCAGGAUUGUGGGGCAGCGUGAGCUGUGAACGAAAGGGCUUGGCCAAGAGGACAUCCCGCGAAGAAAUGGGAUGUCCCUCCUUGGUGUUUGAAUACCAGCUGGCUGUGGGAGUCAGGCCGCUUCUCCCCCCUGGAGGUGCUUGCACGACGUGUACAACCACCCUGUAGUUUACCUGGUGGUCUAAUCCCAAUUUCCUUCUAUUGUGGCAGACAUUGAAAACCUUUGAGGCCCAGGUGAGAAGCUAGUGUCGCCCUGAGAGGCUGGGAAGUGGGAGCUUGAGGGAGAGCUUCAAGGGUGAUGUGUCCAGCGAAGAUGGCAUGCUCAGAGAGAGCCCCUGGGCCUGAAGGGGAGUGGAGGUGUUGCUGGAACCCGGCGAGACCUGUGGCCGAAGGAAGAGGAAGGAACAAGCCAUUGCAGAACUGAGGCUCUGCAGGGAGGGAGCCUGCUGAUGCAUGGUCAGUGCCAGGGGAGGAGAGGGUGGGGGGUGGGGGCAGAGGGAGCUUGGUUUUCAGGGGCCAGGAGGAAGCAGGAUGGAGGAGAGCGAUGGACUGGGCCUGGUGUCACACUCAGGGCCCAGGAGGAUAUGCUGCACCCUUGUUCUGUUUCCCUUGGGCCUUCUAGUGGCAGAUGGAGCAGACCCCACUUUUGGUCCUUGGACAGGAGACCCCUUCCCAGGAAAGGUGGGGACAGUUGUGGCCAGCAAGCCAGGUUCCCUUUUUUAUUUUUAUUUUUCAUUGUCGAUUUUGUUUUCCCCGGCACAGUGGAAGAAUUCAGGCCCGUUGCCAAGGUAACUCAGGGCAAAGAGAUCAGGCCACACCCAGGGAGCCAGGAAGCCCACUCAGUGGCAGACAGUUCCUGCAGGAGGCUGAAUGGAGAGUGAGCAGGGAGGGGUGGCAUGUCUUCCUUCUGGGUCCUUCACGGUGGCUGCAGAUCUGUGCUCUGGCUCCAUGGGGCCAGCCUGUGGGUCCCAACGUCCGGCCUGGCCACACACCCCAUCUCUCAGGUCUCCGGAAUGGCGCUGGGCACACACUUGGUGGAUGCAUAGGCAGGUGGAUGAGUUAGUGAGUGGUAGAACGCGUGUCCGCUCUGGGAAGUACCACUUCAGGGGGCCCCUCAGGCUGUCCCCCGGCUGCUGCCCCCAUGUAUGACUGUGUGAUCUCGGCUGGAGAAACGUGGUUUGGGGUCUGGAUUCGGUGAGCUCCAUCCACUUACCACUCCCCGCCCCACUGCGUUCAAUACUAGAGGAGCAGCAGGAUGGCCACGCCAGGCAUUCCUGCUGACUUGCCCAAAAGGGAAGGACAGGGAGCCCCCGUGGUAAGGGAAGUGAUCCCCUGAGAUGGCUGCUGCUUUGGCUCCCUCCAGUCCAUGUCACAAACUUUGCACUCCUCAGCUGCUCCCGGUCCCCAUGCAUGCCUCGUGUGGCCCAAUUUCCAGACCUUGGCCCAGAGCCUCCACCCUGUGAGCUGCCCCUCCCCUUCCUCCCUGCUGCAUUCUGCACAUCGCCCAGGCCCAGGCAACCCUCAGCUCUGUCCUUUCCCUCCCCAGAUAGUUCCUCCCUCCGGCCUCCUGGCCACUGUUCCCACCCCUCCCAGCUCUUGGAAAAUCAGGUCUGUUUGCUUAAAACUGUUUGCAGACAUCCCCUUGCUUUCUGCUAGGGGCACCUGGGUGGCUCAGCCUGUUGAGCGUCUGACUUCAGCUCAGGUCAUGAUCCCACAGCUCGUGAGUUCAAGCCCCACAUCCGGCUCUGUGCUGACAGUUCGGAGCCUGGCGUCUGCUUCGGAUUCUGUGUCUCCCUCUCUCUCUGCCCCUUCCCCACUCGUGCUCUGUUUCUGUCUCUCUCAAAAAUAAAACAUUAAAAAAAAAAAAAGUUUGUGGACAUCCCCUUGCUUUCUGCUAGAGCUGCAUCUCUGAGCCUGGACCUAAUGGCCUCUCUAACCAUCUUGUGUCCCGUUCUCCUGGUUCUGUGGAUCCUAAACUCAGGAGCACUUUGGUUCCCUCACUGCUUUCCUCUUCCUUCCCCACACAGUGCCUUGAUUUGGGGUGCUUUCUCCCAUUUUGCUCUUGUCUCUGUUAUUUAGUGCUCUUUCUGCAGGAGUACCCAGUGACCUGACCCUGGGAACCUUCCCCAUUCACACCUAUCAUGCACCCUGUACCCCUCCCGAGCCCUUAGCGCAAACUGUAACUACAUAAGUUACCGUGAAGCUAAUGGCUUACCAUCUCCUCUACUGAAACGUACUAUCUAUAAGAACAGUGUUUAUGUCUUGUAUACUGCUGUGCACUGAGGCUUUCCCUAACAUGUUUGAAUAAAUGAAUGGAACUUUUAAGCUACAACAGGCAGGCCUGGCUCCCUAGAGUCAGAGCAUUUACUGUAGGGCUGGCUGCACACAUGGGUGAGGCCAUAUGAAUCAUAGGUGACCCUGUCCUGUCUUCCCAACUUGGGACUUUCCAAGGGCAGGGGCUGGCCCGGAUCUUCUGUGAUUGUUGUUCUGUGGGGAAACCAGGACACUUCUGGUCACUUCCUAUAGAGCACAGAUUACCACUCAGGCCACCAGGGCGUCCAAGAGGCUUUAGGAAAUAGGUCACAGCCCCCCCCCAAAUUUUGUGAUAUAUUGUGCCCUCGCACACAGAUUUGGGUGUUGAUCCUAGAAAGACGAAAAAGCAUGCUCCAGAGCUCUGUAACAGACCAGGUGGCAGGAAGGUACCCUGUAAAUGUGGCCCUGCGUCUUUCCUUCUCAGAUGCCUGCAGCAUGCCUCAGCUGUCAGCACUCUGCCCCUGAUCCCAAGAGAACAUUGUCCUGUUGAGUCGUGCCCCCCUCCCACAUGAUCCUGGUUCUGAGCGUGAAUGUACAGAGAUACCCAAUCCCCCCACCCAAAACAGUCCUGCGCAGACUCCGAAGUAGGCUGGCGGACAGAAGGCUCUGUCAAGGCACACAGAUCCCCCCACCCCAUGUGCACGCGCGUGUGCGCACACACACACACACACACACACAGUGGGAAUAUAGGAAAGGGAGCCCCAGAACCAUCAUGCCAUCAUUGGCUCUGCCCAUCCCUGACCCUAGCAGCCUGACUCAUCCCCAGCAGCCAGUAUCCACAGUGCCAUGCCCCAUGUGGCCAUGCCUGGCACCCCCAUCCCCAGGUGUGCGGAUAUCACAGUCUGGGGCUGAAAGAGACCUGUGGAUCCUCACCCAGUGAGUCCUCCUGCCCACUACAUCCCUACAGUAUUGUUUAUAGAGCCUUUACUAUGUAGCAGACACUCUGCUAGGCUCUUAGAGUCUGUUUUCAUUGAUCCCCAAAUUGGAACAGGUAGUUGAUAAUGUUAUUUCAAUUUUCUUUUUUUUUUUGAUUUUUUUUUUUAACGUUUAUUUAUUUUUGAGACAGGGAGAGACAGAGCAUGAACAGGGGAGGGUCAGAGAGAGGGAGACACAGAAUCUGAAGCAGGCUCCAGGCUCUGAGCUGUCAGCACAGAGCCCAACGCGGGGCUCGAACUCACGGACUGCGAGAUCAUGACCUGAGCCGAAGUCGGCCGCCUAACCGACUGAGCCACCCAGGCGCCCCAAUGUUAUUUCAAUUUUACAGGCAAGGAAAUAGCACAGAAAGGUGAAGAAAUGGGCCCCAAGCCACAAAGCUUUGAAAAUAACAGAACAAGGAUUUGAAGUCAGGAGCCUGGGUCCAGAUCCCCUUUGCAAACCCUUUGUUUACACUGUCCUAUUUAUCCCGAGGGUUUUGUGGUAUAAACUUGUACUGUAACCUCUACAGCCUUUCUCCCCUGCUGGUUAGAGGUGACUCUCUAGCCUCACCUCUCAUCAGGAGAAAAUGGUCACUGAGCAGAGCUUUCUGGAACUUCCAGGGGAGACCCUUUCAGCUAACUGAAGAGGAAAGGACAGCCGAUUUGUCAUAUUUGGUGCUGAGGUGAGAAUGGAGUGGAGGGACCAAGCAUUAGGAGCCCUCAGAGGCUCCAGCUGAGGACAAGGUUACCUUAGGAAGCAGAGAGAGGACACAGACAGGAUAGCCUGCUGUGGGUUCAAAUGCUGGUCCUGCCACUUUAGCAGAAUGACCUUGAACAGGUGAUGUCCCAUCUUGGUCCCCAAGUUUUCUAUUAAAUGGGGAUAUUGAUAUGUAGCUUACAGUAUUAUUUUGAUAAUGAAAGUGAAAUAAAGUUUGCAAAAUGUGAAGCCCAGUGAGAGUAUAUAGUAAGCUUUAAAAGAAGAUUGUUUUGGGGCUCCUGGGUGGCUCAGGCGGUUGAGCGUCCAACUUCGGCUCAGGCCAAGAUAUCACAGUUCAUGAGUUCAACCUCUGCGUCGGGCUCUGUGCUGACAGCUCAGA